UGUUGUGGCUCGGUAGCUCCCGAUUCAAACCACCGGCCUCGACUAAAACCUACAAUAUAUAAGACUGUUGACGGCCUGGUUAUUGUAGAGGAUGAGUUACUCAACUUCCUGGCGGUUAAAAUUAAAACUAUGACCCAGGACGAGCUAGUCCUUGUAGCCUCUAACACCUUCGAUUCCGAAUGGAUCGAGACUUCUAAAAAGACGUUGUUUGAACUCUGUCCUGAAACCAAGCAGCGGUGUGUGGCCUUUAAAGGCAACCAGAAGGAUGCAAACAAUAUUAAAAGCUGCCUAAAAGUGCUAAAUGAAUGCGGUGAAAACAUCCCCCGUUUUGUCUCCCACUACCUGGAUGAGCUGCCGCCUGUUACGUUUAACAACCUGGAUGUGUCCAACCUGCUGAGCAAGAUGGAGCGACUGCACAGCGAGGUUUGCGCAUUAAGACACGUAGUGGAAGUUCAGGCAGAUAUCGGUGAGGACCUGCGUGCUGUGGCUGCGACCAUGGACAGCAGAGUUGCUGCCGUAGAACGCCAGUUGGAGCCGAGUCAUGGUGUAGGACUGGCUGUAGGCCUACCAAGUGACGCUGAAACUACCUGUCGGAGCGCUCAGGGUGAUGGCCAGGAUGGUGCGGUGUUGGUGAAGGAUGCGAGCCCCCCCGGCUCUUCUACUGAUGUACAUCCCAACUGUGUUGACCCGCUCGCUGCGUCAGGGACCGUGAGUGCCUGUGUGAGCCCUGGAGGAACUGCGGUAAAUUCGCAGACACUGGUGAUGGACACUCGACAACCUGAACAGACAUGAAAUUGGUUUGUUUAUAAUAGUAAGUUCUGUGAUUUAAAAGAAGAGAAGUGUAGUAAGCCAAUGCCAAGAAGCUUUCAAUCACUAAGCUCAAAUGUUGCUCUGUUGAGCAUGUGGCAAUAACAGCAAACUAAAGCUAAAGUAAAUGCUUCGUAGUAACCUGAUAAACAUUCAUAGUUUGCAUUUUUGUUAGAUUAAAUCAGAAACUGCUCAUACGAUUUAUAGAGUUACCUCAACCUGACAGGGGAAAAAAACGUAUUGUUUUAGAAAAUAUUUCAAACCAAUCACAACGAGAGCCCAGAACAUGAACCUGUUAAAGUAUCUAUGUUGCUGAUUAAACACUUUUUAAGAAAACAUUUGUGCCAGUUUUUUGGCAGUGAGCCGUUUCCAGGGAACCAGUAGAGACAGUUGCUCGGGGGGGAAAAGCCCAUCACAUAAUCCUUGGCAAAAUUAGAUUUUCAUACUUUUUUUUAUGGAUUAAACAAAUUGAAUUUAUUAGUUUGUUAAGUGAGUUUAAGAGGUGCUAGAACGGGACAUUGUGUUACUCCUUGGCCUUGACCAGGGACACGGGGAGAGUUGGGGGUGCCUAAAGAAAGUAAGUCAAUAUAAUGAUGUCACUUUUAAUAUUGCGCAACUUCAUGGUUUUUGCAGUACUUUCGCUUGCCAGGAUCAUUUAUGUAAUAAUUCUUAACAAAUUAGUGCACACAUUUAAAGAUGUUUAAAAUAAACGGAUACAAAUCUUGAACACCAUCAUAAUGUUUACCAAAGCAGGCACAGCAACAACACUCAAGCAUGAGAACUGCAGGGAGAAGAUACGGCAGUGCGACAGCGCGUGCAAAAGGGUGGCUGUGUUUGUUUGUAAAUCUGAAAUGCAGCUAUCAUCACAUGUUCAUCACAGAUUGAUAACGUCAAAGAUCCUGCCCUAGCAACCAACUGAGACUAAUUAUGUUUCUUCUCUCUUCAUUAACACGGAUUAUGACAGUAGGCCUACUACAGUAUGAAUCCCUGGCACCGAGCUGCAUCUUACCAUAAACAGACAUGUGACCAGUAUGUUCAAUAUUCAUGAACACAGCUGGGACGUAGGGUUACUUCCCUGAUUGAUCAUUUUCGUGAGCGCGACAACUCAACAUGACCUGCAGAAAUGUUAUUUUGGCUGUUGAUUAGAUACCUUCCUUUGAUCGCCAUCACACAUUUCUAGGAUUGUGUUUAGAGCUCCGUGAAAAGUGCAUCUCCCCCCCGGACCUCAGACAACAGCCCCCUCAGGCUACACAGACAUAUUUAUCUCUUUUAAGAGAUGCCCCCACUCUCAGGUGUUGGACAGGUUUUAACUCCCCAACACUCAGGAAACAUCUUUGGGCAGCUGGAUGUUCCUCAACCCCCCCGGCGAGUUCAGUUCAAAGCAAAAGAAAGAGCUGCCUGCGGUCACAAAGUCUAGUCGAUCAGUCCUCUAUGAUCACUCUCUGCGCUGCUGUCAAUCACAGCCCUGAGUCACCAUCUGCUGUGGGGACAGAGAGGGAGAACAGGACUAUUUGAUAUCCUUCGUGGGCAUGUGUGAUACUAAAUAUGAAUGUUUUUCUACUUGUUUAAUGUCCUUUAACUCUGUAAACAAGCGA